UUGUUUGCAAAUCAGCCUUUACAAUAGAGACGAGCACUACGGCGAGACCUUUCUUCAAAUAUACGCUCAAAGCAGACAUCGACUAGUCAUGUCUGGAGGGAGGAUGCCGAACUGCCCUGCCUCUGCGUCCGAGGGCUUCAGCUCAACCCCUGUGAAAACAAGCCAGAGGCAAGACUUCCAAGUAUCCAAGGGCUUGGACGACGGUGUCCUGUCGGAUGACGAAGACACAUUUUCUCUGCUUUCUCCCAUUUACCAUGACAGUUUUGACAGCGAUGAAAGCCAGGAGCCGAGCCUAGCUCAGCAGACUUCACCCAGGCAGAGUGACAACUCCAGACUCAGCGUUUCACCAGUCAGGUGUGAGCUACCAAGAGCAACUUCAGAGCAGAUGCUGAACACCGCUGUGGAUCCUGCUGGCACGCCUACUCUCAGUGCAUGGGAACUGUGGCUGGUGAACAAAGCCAGAGAAGACCGUCUCAAAUUGAAAAAGAAAGCAGAGGAGGAGCGAUUAGUAAAGGAAAAAAAAGAAUGUCAAGAAAUGGAGCAGGAACGGAAAAAGAUUGUCAUGGAAGAGAAGAUCCAAGAAUGGUUGAAAAUGAAAAGAGAACAGGAGAAGCACAAGCAACUUGUAAUGCAGAGCAAAGAGGAGGAGGAGAUACAGAGGCAUCUGGAAAAGCAGAGAGAGACUGAACAGAAAGCUCAGCAAAAGUACAAAAGCUGGCUGCAGAAGAAGAACAGAGAGAAAAUAGAAAUGGAAAAGAAGGAGAAAGAGGAAGCUGCCCUGAGGGUUGAGCAGGAGGAAGAGCGCCGCAAGAGGGCAGAGGAUAAGUUCAAGGAAUGGCUGGUAAAAGCCAAAGAAAAAAGCAGAGCCAGUCCCAAAUCACCUUGCCACCCAACAAGUCCCUACGACAAAUCCUACCCAUCACCCAGCUUCUACAAUCCCAUCCCCUGGAAGCCGAUUCACGUCCCUCCUCCAGAAACAUCACUGAGUAAGACGUCUGGCAAGAAACCUCAGAAACAACAAAAGAGCAAACAAAGCCGCAGCACCAUUUAUACUCUGAGAAACUCUGCGAGUGCAGGACAGUUGCUGCAGAGGAGAUGACACAGCAGACUGACAUCUAUGACUGUGACACGGUAGCUUAGCUACGGCUCAAAUAUGAUUUCGCUACGACUCAUCCACACCACCACAGCUCCUGAACUGAGACUCUGCUGAAUCACAGCAGAUUUCUGUUCUCUAAUAUGGCUGUGCUAUGAAGACCUGCUACCAUGUCUUUAUUUUGCUUUGUUAUAUUUUCUUGUACACUGGAGUGAUUUUGUAAUAAUGCACUUGCUGAAAUUAGCUUAUACGUAAAUAUGUAUGAAUAUUUGGGAAUGAUUGGGUUUUAAACAUGUUUAGAUGAUUUUUCAAAGAUGUUUAGAAUUUCUUCUAAUGCGUAAGUCUGCUUCCAUAGCAUAAUAAUGUCUAGCACAGAUGUUGGCUCGACACUGAAAAGCCUGGAGAUGAUUUUGUAUUAUCCUGUAAAUGUAAUCUGUUUGCUGUUUGGAUGAAAUAAGACUAAUCCACGUUC